AGCCUCGUGCCGCCCAGGGCCCAGGUACGUUGGGGGCUCCUCGACUCCCCCCCAGCUUCUCUGUCCCGGAUGUAGUUUCUUCUUGCACCCGGAGCCCAGGAGGCGCUUCGAUCCCUCCCUCCCUUUGUGUGAGCCCCUCUCUGCACCUCUGGGGCUCUCUGGGGAUCCCUUUCCCUUUCUGUGAUGGGUGGGGCCGGGUGGCGUGGCCCCUCGGGUUCUAGUGCCCAAGUUUCUGGACCAGAAGUCAGGGAUGUGAGAAACUAGCCGAAGGAAGGCCAGCUCAGGGAUAACUGGACUGAAGGUCUCCCGAGGGCUCCUCGGCUCUGAGUCUGUUAUUCUCAGAACUUCCUCAUAAUAGAACCCUCCAGAAGUGAAAUAGGCCACUUUGAUAGGUAAUGAGCUCCCUGUCCCUUAGAGGUAUGCAGAUAGACUGGAAAAGAUGCCCCGCCCCCCCCCCAAGCAGGACCACAGAGGGGCUGGGGGGGUCUCUGAUGAAGGGACAGGCCCCCUCACGCCCUUGUCAUCUCUCGGACUCCGGGGCCCCUCCUCUAGGCCAAGUGUGUUCUGCUCCCUGGUGGGGGGAAGGGAGAGAAGCCCCAAUCCAGCCAUCGGUGCUCUGGCUUGUCACUAAGCCCAGAUGUUGAACUCUGGUUUCUCCCUCUGAAGCUCAGUGCCCUUCUCUGCGUGUUUGUGGACACCAAAGCUCGUCUCUGGAGGACAGAGAGGCCCCCUGGACCCUGAGGUCCCGGGUUCGGAUCCUGCCUCAGACACCCGUGGGCUUUGGACUGCAGACGUGUUGCUUGCAUUCUCGAUGCCUAGGGAGCCCUCUGACCCUGGCAGUUGGGGAAAUGCCACGCGCGUUCCUCCACGGGCCAAGCCUGCAGGGGCAGGAGGUGGUACUGGAACAGCCAACCGUCGAUGGGGCAGAUGUUGGAGGCCUGGAUAGAUGCUUCUAUGGGCUGAGGGUGGCUGCAUCCAGCCUUGAAGAGGGGAAGAAGCUUCCAUGGUGUCCCCAGAAGGCAGCCUUGAGGGCUAGCUUGGAUGCUGGGGGGGAAGGGAUGCCAGACGCAGGGCAGAGCUUGUGCAAAGGCCUGGAGAUGGUAGAUGAAGCAUCAUGGAUGGGGCACAGCAUGCGGGUCGGCAGACACAAGAAGGGGCCAGAUUGGGCAGAGACAUCUGAAAUCCCAACGUGAGGGCCUGGGUGGCUACAGGGGCCUGGGCGGAGGGAGCUUCUGUUGGGGACACAUCUGGGAAUGGGCAUGUGGAGCAGACAAUCGUGGCCCUGUGGGAGUGCCUCCUGCGUGCCAGGCACUGUGCCUGCUGCCGGGGACUCCCAGAGGCAAAAGGCAGCCCUGCGAACAGAUGCAGCCAGAGCGUACUUGAGAUGGGACAAAAGAGGGAGGUGCUGGGAUGAAGGAGGGAUGGGGAGGCCGAGGGAGAGGGCAGUGGAGAGGGGGCGGCCAGGAGACCCUGGAGCGGUCAGUGGAACAGGAGCGAGCUGAGGUUCAGAGCAGGAGAGCCAGAAGUGUGCAGGAGGAGGCCCUCAGCGGGGUCAGGGGCCGCAGGGAGGUACCCAGGGGGGAAGGCUUGAGGAGAGGCCAUCAGACCGGUCCCUGGAGAACACAGAAGCCAGGCAGCAAGGCUGAGCAGGGAGAGGAGGGGGAGGCCCAUGGCCAGCCUUCUUGGGACCUCGGCUGGGAGGGGAAGUGAAGAUCCAGGACGAUGGACAUUCCCGGUGGAGGCUUGCAGUGAUCGUGGAGCUCCAGGCACGUCCAUGAGCAGCAGGGAAGGCCCGGGAGGGGACCUGUGGUAGGGAUGGUCGGCCGGAGAAGGCAGGAGAACGUGUGGAGGUCUUAGACAAGUGAAGGAGCAGCCGUGGGAUGUGAGCAGAGGAGAGGAGCCUCCGUGAGGGGCCUCCCAGCAGGGCCUCAGAGCAGGGGAGUGUGACUGGAGGGCUGGAGAGGAGGGAAGGGCCAAAGGCCUGCCAUGAGGACCCAGCUAGGAGGCAGGUCAGAAGAUGCACAGCCUCUGGUAGGAGGCCUCCAGGCCGGGGCUUUGCGUCUGCUGAUCGGUAGCAUCUGCCCAUGCGAGGUGUGGAAGCCGGCUCCGGCCCUACCACGCCAGAAGGUGUCGAGGGAUCCUGGCAGAGAUGGCGCAGAGCUGAACGCCAAGUUCGAGGUUGGAAGGGAGGAGGGACGGAGACGUCUGUGGACACACUAGAAAAUGGCUGCGCAUGCCCGGGAAGCUCGUCACCUGGACUGGCAGAGGAGGCAGGCGGGCUAAUGCUGGCUCGGAGCUGGGCAAAGAUGGACAAGGAUGGGAAGGGGGAGGGGGGCUCGGCUUGUUUGCAGCCACCGAACACGAGGAAGAGAUUCGGGGCUGCGCCCGGAAGACGAACAGGCAAAAGGAGACCCUCAAGGCAGAAAUGCUGACCAGGAAACGGACGCUUGGUCUGAGUCGGGGCGCAGUAAGAUGGGCAGCCGGGCUGAGCUCAAGCCCCUGCGCCAUGCCUGCGGAAGCCAUGUUGUGUGGUGGUGAGGGGCUGCGAGACCAGGCUCGGCGUGUGAUUUGGGGAAUCUGAGAGACUUCAGGAAUGGCGGAGGUCGGAUCGGGCGGGGCGAGGCUGCUCAGAGCCCUGGCCAAGUCCAUUCGCCUCCGGGGCAGGACCCGUUCUGUUCGCCACCUGCCCGGCCCAGACCCGCAGCACGUUUGUUCAGUUGGCCCGAGUGGUGGACGAGGACAAGGUCAGGCCGGCCCCGAGCGGGUGGAAUGGCUGCAGGCAUACCUGGGCGGCUCUGCAGGGAGAACCCCUUGGCCUGUAGGCCACGCGUGUCAGUGGCUGUGGCUGAGGCACGGAGGACAGCUGGGGAUCCCACAGGAUCACUGCACCGUCCUGCCUCCCAAUACCAGACGGACGAGCAGCCGGUCUGAAGAGACUCGGUGCCGCCCCUGCCGUUCCCCCGGCCUCAGCGGCCUCAUCUGCAAGGUGGGGCUGAGGCCUCUCCACGGAGGGCUCCCUGGAAGAGGCAGCCCCGGAGCUGGACAGGGAGGGAAGUGGGGGAAGGCAGAGGCGGCCAGAGAGGGCAGAAUGUUGAAAAAUGGUGGAUCAGAGGAGAGAGCCUGGAGGGAGGGAGGGAGGCCUCUUCGGAGGCUGUGGCCGCUAGGGACGGAGGUCUGCCCGUCCUCCCAGGGCACACGCUCUCCUCCUCACACGCAGCCUCCCCAGGGGCAGGAAGGAGGCUUGGCCAUCCCCGGGAGGGACCUAGUCCUUGCUGGGUGAUGCGGUCGUGGGUGCGGAUUGGAAGGGGAGCGACCAGGGCCUGAGGGGCCAGCGUGGCCGGAGCCAGGCAGGCAGGCGCAGAGGAUUGUCUGGUCGAGCCUGGACGGACGAUGGCCGGAGACAGACUUCUGAGUUCGGUUUGGUACAAGGGAGGGCUGAGGGCCAGAGAGGGAUGCCGGCCAGGCGGUGCGGCCCGAGGCCUCAGUUUGCCCAUUUGUGAGGUGGGAGGGCCUUUGGGGGAGCCUCCCCGUGGGGGUGCGGAGGCCCCUCCCCCAGCCCGGGCGCUGCCCGCUUGGUGUUCCAGGAGGCCGUGACCUUCAGGGACGUGUCUGUGGACUUCACGCUGGAGGAGUGGGAACGCCUGGGCCCCGCUCAGAGGGGCCUCUACAAGGAGGUGAUGCUGGAGAACUACAGGAACCUGGUGGCGCUGGCCCUGGGCGGACCCCCUCUCUCCCCAGGAGCCGAGUUCCCGAGCGCCAAGCCGGAGCUCAUCUCCCAGCUGGAGCAGAGCCGCGAGCCCUGGGCGGUGGAGGGAGAAGACCUCGGCGGCCUCCGUCCAGAUGGGCGCCCCAAGCCUCGAACUCGGCCUGAGACGUCGUCGCCUCGGGGAGAGAGCCCGGAAGGGCUCGGAGAGGGCCCCGCGCGCUUCGGAGCGGGAGACGCCUGGGAAGGGGACCGCCGGGACGUUGCCACGACACCCCUUCUUGUCCCCCAGCGAGGCCUUGGAUGGAAUGGCUCGGGCCGACCUUCGGGCCCGAGAAGCCCCGCUGCAGCCCCGGGCCCGGAGGGCAGUGAGAGCUCCCGGCCGAGGCCUUUCGGCUGUCCCGUCUGCGAGAGGACCUUCCUUUACCAGUCGGACCUCCUGAUCCACCAGAGGAGCCACACCGGGGAGAAGCCGUACAAGUGCGACGCCUGCGGGAAGGCCUUCAGCAACAGCUCCUACUUCAUCCAGCACCACAUCAUCCACACCGGCGAGAAGCCCUACGCGUGCGCCAUGUGCGGGAAGACCUUCAGCCAGAGCUCGUCGCUCACGGAGCACCAGCGCAUCCACACGGGCGAGAAGCCCUACGCGUGCAAGGAGUGCGGCAAGGCCUUCACGCAGAGCUCGUCGCUCAUCAAGCACCAGCGCUGCCACACGGGCGAGAAGCCCUUCAAGUGCAAGGAGUGCGGCAAGGCCUACACGCAGGUGUCGCACGUGGCGCGCCACCGCAAGAUCCACACGGGGGAGCGGCCGCACAAGUGCAGCGAGUGCGGGAAGGCCUUCUUCCACACGGCGUCCCUCACCCAGCACCAGGCCAUUCACACCGGAGAGAAGCCCUACAAGUGCAACGAGUGCGGGAAGACCUUCAGCCACAGCUCCUCGCUGACGCAGCACCAGCGCGUCCACACCGGCGAGAAGCCCUACGAGUGCAGCGACUGCGGCAAGUCCUUCAGCCACAGCUCCUCCCUGACGCAGCACCAGCGCAUCCACACCGGCGAGAAGCCCUACGGCUGCAACGAGUGCGGGAAGGCCUACACCCAGAUCUCGCACCUCAUGCGCCAUCAGACCGUCCACGUGGGGGAGAAGCCCUACGUGUGCAACGAGUGUGGGAAGGCCUUCAGCCACACGUCCUCCUUCACCCAGCACCUGACGGUCCACACCGGAGAGAAGCCCUACAAGUGCGGUGAGUGUGGGAAGACCUUUAGCCAGAACUCAUCCCUCACGCGGCACUUGAGGAUUCACACCGGAGAGAAGCCUUACGUGUGCAAGGAGUGUGGGAAGCGUUACACCCAGGUCUCCCACCUCAUCCAGCACAAGAGAAUUCACACUGGGGAGAAGCCGUACCGCUGCGGCGAGUGUGGGAAGGCCUUCAGCCGGAGCACACACCUCAACGAACACCAGAAGAUUCAUACUGGAGAGAAGCCCUACACGUGUCACGCGUGUGGGAAGUCUUUUAGCCACAGCUCGUCUCUUAAUCAGCAUCAGAGGAUUCACACCGGGGAGAAACCCUACGAAUGCGACGACUGUGGGAAAACCUUCAGCCAGAGCAUACACCUGAUUCAGCAUCAGAGGAUUCACACUGGGGAGAAACCCUACAAAUGUAAUGAAUGUGGAAAGGCCUAUACCCAGAUUUCCCACCUCCUUCAACACCAGAAAACUCAUGCCGGAGACCUCCUAGGAAUGUAGCAAUCAGCCGGGAUGCCCGCCAGACCAAGCAUGAGAGAACCCCAGCAGUGUUGGUUUGGAGGAGCUUCCCCAAAGAGUGGACCUUCAUUGCACAACGCGCUGAAGGAAAAUCUUAGCAGACACCAGAGGCUGCAUCCUGGAGAUAAUACAGUUUGGGGGAAAGUCCAUCUCUGAGCAUUCGCUUUGAUUAAUCCCCAUCUUCCCUCCAGAUCGCCCAUCUCUGGACCGCUUUGUUGUGGGGAUGCCAUAAGAGAAAAUGGUUUCUGCCACAACCCUCCCCCAGCUCCACUUCCUCCGUGCCGAUCCAUCUGCUGCCGUACAGUUGCUUCAGAUUGAGCGUGAGGAGGCUGCUCGUCUCCGGAGAGAUGAUCUCCUUUUUCAGAACCAAAGUAGAAAAUUAUUUCUUGAACCUGCUACAGCGAGAGUAUCACGGAAAACAAAUGAGCAGGCAGCCACAAACAGUCCCUCCAGGGUCCACUUUAUCUCCACCACAGAGGGAAGGAGAUCGGAGGCAGCCAGCCGACUUCACAUGCCCACUGGCAUCUGAACAACACAGCUGCCACGACGUCUGUGUCAGAGAGAGCCCUGCAUGUCCCCACGUGGUCUUCUUCAUUCGCUUUGCUGUCUUGUGUACCUUCCUCUUCUCGUGUCUCCCUUUCUUAACCAAAAAAAAUUCCUUUUCCAGUGUUUUCCUGAUUUGUGCCAUGUCAGGGGAGGGAACGUCCUCACUGCCAUUUUGGGGGUUUCUCAUUAUUAUCCCACACCUCCAUAGGUUGUUCCCAUCAGUCGCUGUGCCCUUGAUGGCCAGUGGGCUUCCUCUUGUUUUCCUCAGUGACACUUAGCACAUUCCUCUUCUCAUUCCAACAUGUACUCGUUCCUCAGUCCAGUCUGGAACUCCAGAACCCACCUUCUCGCACAAGACGUUUCCAGAUAGCCAGCCAUCCUCCCACCAGAUUGUCGGCUCCUGGAGUCAGACAUCAGUGGCCACACCAAAAGGGAACAGCCCCCCCCCAAAGUCCUGAUCCUUCCCCCACUUCAAGAAGGUCUUCAAGCAAGAAGUGGGAAGAUCCUUCAGUCUGUUCCUGGAUCAGGUAGAGGUUAGACAAGAUGUCCUCUGAAGGCCUUCGGCUGCUGGAUUCUGGAGUCCAUUCGUGUUGGCCACAUGAGGUCCUAGGUUGACCCUUACCUUCCAGCUCCAUUUCUCCUUUUCUUUCAGAGGCUUAUGGAAUUUUGCCCCAGAAGAGCCCUAGGAGGUCAUCUAGUCAUGUUACAGAUGAGGAAACCAGGGCUAAGAGAAAUGAUUUGUCCAAGGUCAUACACGUAGUAAAGGGCAAAGCCAGGAUUCUAACCCAGAUCCCCCAAACCGAGCACCCAACCUCUGAGCCAUGUUCCUUCCAGCCAUGUUUUCCAAAAUAUUCCUUCAUAGCCACAUGCCAUGUAAGAAGCAAGCUUCCUUCUUGGCCAUAGUCUCCUGCCUUAGGGAUUUCCACUGGAUUGGUGGAGGGUGGAGGGCAGGGCCCCCUUCAGUGGCCACAAGGUGACGACUUCUGGCGAUGGUUUUUGUUGUAAAAGCCUUGUUUGAAUCUUUUGUGUCGUGAGCUCACAAAUGCCUGCUUUGAGGCCUCUCUGGGACAUGGCGGUGGCCCUGGGUUCCCAAAGACACGCUGGAUGGUGGCCCAGAAGCUCUGGCCUGUGCUUCCAGCUUGGGAGGGCCUGGAAUAGGAGUUGGAUUCUGUCAUCGGAGGGCUGAAGUCUCAGCAGGUCCAGAGACUCGUCGCUAAACUGGCCGCAGAGUGAUGAGGUUUGUCAGCCACAGCAGCUUGGGCCAACGUUGUUGUCGGCUCAGCCCUGGGUGGCUCAGAUCUGUACCAGAGGGAGGUGGAUUCAAGGGAGAAGAAUGAAGGUGGGACAUAGGAGGUCGGAGCUGAGAAAGCCCUGAGAGAUCCUCAGUCCAAGACUCAUUUUACAAGGGAGAAACUGAUGCUCAGAGAAGGGAAGGGAUUUGCUUCAGGUCACACAGCUAGUAGGGGGCAAAGCUAGAACUAGAACCUGGGUCUCAGCUCACCCCAGUGUUCCAUAGGCACCGCCAUGUUGCUUCUCAGGCCGCUGAGGGUCAAAUCCUGACUCCUCUGUUUAUUAGAGGCAGCUGGAUGGCACAAUGGUCUGGAAUCAGGAAGAUCGGGGUUCAAAUCUGGCCUCUGAUAUUUAGCAGCAAUGGGACCGUUAGCAGAUCACUUAACUUUGUUUACCUCAGUUUCCUCAUCUGUUAAGAUAAUAGCACCAAUUGUGGGGAUAAAAUGAGAUGAUACUUGUACAGUGCUUGGCAGUGUCUGGCAUAGAGAAGGCUCUAUGUCAAUAUUAGCUCUUCAUAUUUUGAUCAGCUUUAUGACUUUAGACAAUUCCCUUACUCCCACAGGGAGCCUCAGUUUCCUCAGCAGUCAAGUGAGGAUCAUCCUAAUGCUUGUAUUACCUACCUCACAAGGCUGUUAUACGGCUCAAAUGAGACACUGUGUGUGAAGUGCUUUAUCAUCAUAAAGAACUAUGGAAGUUUACGUAACUAUCCUUGUGGCCUCUUUGGGGACCAGAAAUUUGGGAAUUUUGCAGAAUCGAAGAAAUCCGUGCAGCCUCGCACUAAGUCCCUAAUAUCGUUUGCAUCUUCUUUCAAUCGAUCCGUGUGGGUGUUCCCUUUGUCACGGCAGCUCACCGCCUACCAACCUGUGCUCUCCCAUCUGCCUGUCUCCUCCUGUCCAUUCCUUCCCCAAAUCUUCCCGAGAAGAUCCGAACAUUCUUCGGUGUCAGGAGAGCACUUCGACAUGGCCGUCUAUUUUGUCAUCUUCCUAGCUCUCGGGUGUGUCUUGCCCACUUCUGUCUCCAAGCUGGAUGACCUCCCUCGCUCGACUCCUCGGACAUGAGUCAUUCUGGAGAACGCUCUGCAGCAGCCUCCUUACGUCCGCCAUGCCCCUCGGGUUCCCGACAAUGUGGGUUCUUCAGAGAUUAUGAUAUUUCGGACCACUCUGUGGCCAAAGUAUUUAAGCUUCAGCUUCCAUAUUUGAUCUUCCAGUAAACAGACUGAACGCAUUUCUUUAAGGAUUAACUGAUUUGAUCUCUUUGUUGUCGAAGGGCCUCUCAAGGCUCUUCUCAAGCACGAGUGUCCAUUCAGCAGUGCUCAACUUCUCUUACAGUCCAACUCUCCCAGCCAUAUGUUGUUCCGGGAAAAACCAUUGAAUCCAACUCAUUUCAUUUUACAGGCGAGAAAACUGAGACCCAGAAACAGGUGGCAAGUGGCCUAAGGUCCCCUAGCUCCUUACAAAGCCUCAUUUUACAGAAAUGGAAACAGAGCUCAAAAAGGGAUGGGAACGAUGGCCAUCCAGUGAGGUAGGGGCAAGGCCACCACUAGUAAGGGCUUAGACCAACCAAGCUACCUUUCAGCUCCAAGUCCUGUGACCCUCUGACUUCAGGUCUUCUGGCACCCCAGGGCCCUGUGCCUUGCUGCCUCUCAAUCCUUGCCUUCAUACUUUCCUUUGUCUCAGUCUUUGCCCUUCCUUCUUAGUCCCUUAUAGACUCUUCUGCCAAUAGAAUGGCUGAGCCAUAAAGGAUCCGACUGGCCAUUUAGUCCAACUCUACUCCAUUCCCGGCACUGCCACCGCCGCCCUUUGUAGUUGGGGAAACUGAAGUGGAGAGAAGAAAAAGAGCCAAGGCCAAGGUCACGUGGUGAUUUUAAAUAUAAUCUAGUCACUAGUCAGAGCUGGAAAGGACCCCAGCAGAUUUAGACCAAUGAACAGGAAUCUCCGACAUGUAGCCAAAUAGACUUUCCUUAAAGACUUCCAAUGGAGGAGAGGGUCCAAUCUUUACAUGCACCCCUUUGCAAUUCCCCCCCAUCGCUCCUGGGUCGAAGUUCAGUGGCCAAGCUGAACAAGUCUCUCUACCAUAUAAGAACCUUUCAAGUACCUGAAAGCAGCCGUCCGAAGCCUUCUCCAGAUUAAACGUUCCCAAUUCCCUGAACUGAUCGGCAUGGGACACGGGCUCAGGCCUCCUCGCCAUUCUGGUCAUUGUCCGCUGGUCACUCCCCAGUUCAUCCACAUCCUUCCUAAACUGUGGGGCUUGGGACUGGACACAGAUCCGAAGAGAGCGAGAUUCUCAGAAUGCAGCCCAGGAUUGCACUGGUUAUUUCGACCCCUCACCGUUUCAAGCCUGCAGUCCAUGAAAGUCCCCAGAGGCUUUUCAGGCAACUGGCUCUCGAGCCAUACUUGGCCCACCUGGGUCCUGUGAACUCAAUUUGAGGGACCCGAAUGGAACAUCUUAAAUGUAUCCCUAAAUUUCGGCCAAAUGUAUCGGCCUGUCGAGACCUUUUGGAGAUGGGAUCUUGCCAUCCAGCGAAUUAGCUCCUGAUCUCCCCAGCUUCUCUCAUCUCCAUAUUGGAUAAGGAUGAUGUUUCUAGUUAGACGCCCGUCACAGAUCUGAGCACAGGUCCCUGGAGGGCUCCGCUGGGGAGACCUUUUCAAUCCCCCCAAACUGUGAAAGACCCUCCAUUCCUUUAGUCAUUUUGGGAGGAACCCAAGAGUGCUGCUCAUCGCGCAGCUCACGUCUUCUCCGUCUUUUCCCCAAGGAUAGAAUGCAGUAUUGUGUUAGCCGCUUAGCUGCAACUACGACGGGCUCUGUCUCUUGUGUUCCUGUAGUUACCAGUUUCGAAACCCUAUCCUAGAAGGAGAGGAAUUAAAUCUGGCGUUCCCGGGCUUUGGGAAACCGUG